UAUUCGCAAGUUUAGAUUAUGAAUAGCCGUGCUUAACAUGAAUAAUUACAUAGUAAAUAUAAGAAUUAAGCAAAAGAAAAGUUUCGAUCUGGUUUUACGCACGGAGCGCGCAACUAGGAAGUCGAUGUGUUUACAAACAAUUAAGCCGGCAUCUGGUUGAAGUGUAAUCAUCUUUCUUAAAUCUCAUUGCUACUUGUGUGUGGUUCAAUUCUUGAAGUUUGUAAACUCUAUCCGUUUAAAUCGUCCCUUAAAAUGAAGUUAGUGCGGUUUCUGAUGAAGUUGAGUCACGAGACCGUAACAAUUGAAUUGAAAAAUGGAUCUCAAGUGCGUGGCACAGUUGCCGGUGUCGACGUGGCCAUGAACACCCAUCUCAAGAAUGUCAAAAUGACACCCAAAAAUGCACAGGAUCCCAUCUCACUAGAUACGCUCUCUAUUCGUGGAAAUAACAUUCGGUACUAUAUUCUCCCCGAUUCUCUGCCGCUCGAGACGCUUUUGAUCGAUGACACACCAAAAGCGAAGAAGAAAAAAGAGGGCGCCAGCGGUCGAGGACGCGGCAGAGGCCGGGGCAGGGGUGCGCCACGAGGUCGCGCUCGUGGAAGGGCUGCAAGACGUUAGCAGAAGCUGUCUGUCAUCUACAACUGCUGUGGUGAUUGCGGCAGCAUCUCCCAUUGCUACAAAACGAUUUCAGUUUACCCAAAUGAGUACGAUCGGCGUUUUUAAUAAAUGGUUGCGGUGUGAUCAUUCGUAGCUACAAAUGUCGGUAAAAAAACAACAAGCUCUGCUGGGACUUGACAAUGCGGAGGCGUCCAUAUUGCCAAAUGUGAAGUUGCACGCGAUAUGUACUUUAAAAUGUGAAUAUAUUAAAGUAAAGGUGUUUGAUUCGUUUCAUGUAAAAAGGCGCCAUAUGUUGAUUCGAGACACAGCGUAGGUGAUGAAGUGAAGGAGUAAAGAACGGUGAAUAAUAAAUUGCCAUAAUUCGUUA